CCUGAGCUGGCUGCAGACUGAAGACUGCCUCUCCCUGCCUGCUCUCUGCCUCGCUGGGAAGGGUGCCUGUCCCUGCUAAUGAGCAAGACCUUUUGAAAGCAUUUUCCUCAGCACCAGAGUGUGACGAAGCUGAACUGUGGGAAGGAAAGGAGGGCCGGUGGACAUGACUAUGGAGAAAGCUCAGGGCAAGACGCACCAGAAUCCGGAGCACUCUCUCCUGGCAAGCCUGAGUGACCCACAGGUGACACUGCUGUCUGUGCAGAAGAGAUGCACCUUCAGGAGGAGCCCGGGGCUUGGGAGCCUGGCCAGAUCGGAGUCUUCGGAGGAGAAAUGUCCUCCGCAGCCAGAGGAAGAAUUGUCACCGGGUGUUUUAGCUAGAACCCUGGAAAGGAGGUCCCAGAUCUUAUCUAAACUUGCUUUGCCUGCACGGCCCUGGGAACAAUCCACGAAGCAGAGCUUCGCCUUCGAUAACAUUGGCUACGAAGGGGGGCUGGACAGCACCCGCUCAUCCCCAGCCACCACCGGUGUGGUUAGCAUCCUGGGCAUGACUUGUCAUUCUUGUGUCAAGUCCAUCGAGGACAGGAUCUCCAGUCUGAAAGGCAUUGUGAACAUUGAAGUUUCUCUGGAACAGGGCCGCGCCACGGUCAAGUAUGUGCCGUCGGUCUUGAACCUGCAGCAGAUUUGCCUCCAGAUUGAGGAUAUGGGCUUUGAGGCCAGCGCUGAGGAAGGAAAGGCUGCCUCCUGGCCUUCCAGGUCCUCCGCAGCCCAGGAGGCAGUGGUCAAGCUCCGGGUAGAGGGCAUGACCUGUCAGUCCUGUGUCAACUCCAUCGAAGGCAAGAUCCGGAAACUGCAAGGGGUUGUGAGGGUCAGAGUCUCCCUAGGCAACCAAGAGGCCGUCAUUGCUUAUCAGCCGUACCUCAUUCAACCUGAAGACCUCAGGGACCACGUCUGUGACAUGGGAUUCGAAGCUGCCAUCAAGAAUAGAACAGCUCCCUUAAGGCUGGGGCCAAUUGAUAUCGACAAGUUAGAAAGCACUAACCUAAGGAGAACAGCAGUCUCUCCUAUCCAGAACGCCAAUCAUUUGGAGACCCGCCUGGCCACCCUCCCACUGAGAAUAGACGGAAUGCACUGUAAAUCGUGUGUUUUGAAUAUCGAAGGAAAUAUAGGCCAACUCCCAGGGGUUCAAACUAUUCAUGUGUCCUUGGAGAACAAAACCGCUCAAAUACAGUUUGACCCUUCUUGUAUCACCCCCUUGUUCUUACAGACAGCCAUCGAGGCACUGCCACCUGGGCACUUUAAAGUGUCUCUUCCCGAUGGAGUAGAGGAGAAUGAGCCCGAAAGUGGCACUUCCGGUGCCCCCUCCCCUGGCUCCUCCCAGAGACACCAGGAGCAGGGCCCCUGCAGGUCGGCGGUGCUCACCAUCACUGGCAUUACCUGUGCCUCAUCUGUUCAGCCCAUCGAAGACAUGCUGUCCCAGAGGAAAGGUGUGCAGCGGAUAUCCAUCUCUUUGGCAGAAGGGACUGGAGCAGUUCUUUAUGAUCCCUCCAUAGUUAGCUCGGAGGAACUCCGCACGGCUGUAGAAGACAUGGGAUUUGAGGUGUCAGUGAAUUCUGAAAACUUUACUAUUAACCGUGUCAGAAACUUCAGCUCUGAUACACCAGGGUCUGCGCAAAAAAUGGCUUCUGACACUAGAGAGCUCCCUACACACCAAGGUCCUGGCCACCCGUCAGAUAUCCCACCAUCCCCUGGGGCAACAGAACCACAGAAGUGCUUCGUACAGAUCAAAGGCAUGACCUGUGCGUCCUGUGUGUCUAACAUAGAAAGGAGUCUUCAGAGACAUGCUGGUAUUCUCUCUGUGUUGGUUGCCUUGAUGUCGGGAAAGGCAGAGGUCAAGUAUGAUCCAGAGGUCAUCCAGUCGCCCAGGAUAGCUCAGCUCAUCCAGGACCUGGGCUUCGAAGCAGCAAUCAUGGAGGACAACACAGUCUCUGAAGGUGACAUCGAACUGAUUAUCACAGGGAUGACCUGUGCUUCCUGUGUUCACAGCAUUGAGUCCAAGCUCACAAGGACAAAUGGCGUCACUUACGCCUCUGUGGCUCUCGCCACCAGCAAAGCCCAUGUGAAGUUUGAUCCUGAAAUCGUUGGUCCCCGUGACAUCAUCAAGAUCAUCGAGGAAAUUGGCUUUCAUGCUUCCCUGGCCCAGAGAAACCCCAGCGUUCAUCACUUGGACCAUAAAGUGGAAAUAAAACAGUGGAAGAAGUCUUUCCUGUGUAGCCUGGUGUUCGGCAUCCCUGUCAUGGGCCUGAUGAUCUACAUGUUAAUCCCCACCAAUAAGCCCCACGAGACGAUGGUCCUGGACCACAACAUCAUCCCAGGACUGUCUGUCCUCAACCUCAUCUUCUUCAUCUUGUGUACCUUUGUCCAAUUCCUGGGUGGGUGGUACUUCUACGUACAAGCCUACAAAUCGCUGAGACACAAGUCAGCCAACAUGGACGUGCUCAUUGUGCUAGCCACAACCAUUGCCUACGCCUACUCCCUGGUCAUCCUGGUGGUCGCAGUAGCUGAGAAGGCAGAGAAGAGCCCCGUGACCUUCUUUGACACGCCCCCCAUGCUCUUUGUGUUCAUUGCCCUGGGACGGUGGCUGGAACACGUGGCAAAGAGCAAAACUUCAGAAGCCCUUGCAAAACUCAUGUCACUCCAAGCCACAGAAGCCACAGUUGUGACCCUGGGUGAGGACAACUUAAUCCUCAGAGAGGAGCAAGUGCCCAUGGAGCUAGUGCAGCGAGGCGAUAUCAUCAAGGUUGUCCCUGGGGGCAAGUUCCCAGUGGAUGGGAAAGUCCUAGAAGGAAACACCAUGGCAGACGAGUCCCUCAUCACAGGAGAGGCCAUGCCUGUCACUAAGAAACCCGGGAGCAUAGUGAUUGCUGGCUCUAUAAAUGCCCAUGGCUCUGUGCUUGUUAAAGCUACCCAUGUGGGCAAUGACACUACGUUGGCUCAGAUUGUAAAGUUGGUGGAAGAGGCCCAGAUGUCAAAGGCUCCCAUUCAACAGCUGGCUGACCGGUUUAGUGGGUAUUUCGUCCCAUUUAUCAUCAUCAUUUCAACCUUGACCCUGGUGGUGUGGAUCAUCAUUGGCUUUGUCGAUUUCAGUGUGGUUCAGAAGUACUUUCCGAACCCCAGCAAGCACAUCUCGCAGACAGAGGUCAUCAUCCGCUUUGCCUUUCAGACGUCCAUCACAGUGCUGUGCAUCGCCUGCCCCUGCUCCCUGGGGCUGGCCACGCCCACAGCCGUUAUGGUGGGCACCGGAGUGGCUGCCCAGAACGGUGUCCUCAUCAAAGGGGGGAAGCCUCUGGAGAUGGCACACAAGAUAAAGACCGUUAUGUUUGACAAAACUGGCACCAUUACCCAUGGGGUCCCCAGAGUCAUGCGGUUCCUGCUGCUUGUGGACAUGGCUACACUAUCCCUCAGGAAGGUUCUGGCGGUGGUGGGCACUGCAGAGGCCAGCAGCGAGCACCCCUUAGGCGUGGCCGUCACUAAAUACUGCAAAGAGGAACUUGGGACAGAGACCCUGGGAUACAGCACGGACUUCCAGGCAGUGCCGGGCUGUGGGAUUAGCUGCAAAGUCACCAAUGUGGAAAGCAUCCUGGCUCACAGUGACCCGACUGCUCAUCCUGCUGGGGUUGGCCACCCUCCCGUGGGGGAAGGUGCAGGUCCUCAGACUUUCUCUGUGCUGAUUGGAAACCGGGAAUGGAUGCGGCGCAAUGGUUUAACUAUCUCCAGUGACAUCAGUGACGCCAUGACAGAUCAUGAGAUGAAAGGACAGACGGCCAUCCUGGUGGCCAUUGAUGGUGUACUCUGCGGGAUGAUCGCCAUCGCAGAUGCUGUCAAACCCGAGGCUGCCCUGGCUAUCUUCACCCUGAAAAGCAUGGGUGUGGAUGUGGCUCUGAUCACAGGGGACAACCGAAAGACAGCCAGAGCCAUUGCCACUCAGGUUGGCAUCAACAAAGUCUUUGCGGAGGUACUGCCUUCUCACAAGGUGGCCAAGGUCCAGGAGCUUCAGAACGAAGGAAAGAAAGUCGCCAUGGUGGGAGACGGGGUGAACGACUCCCCAGCCUUGGCCCAGGCUGAUGUGGGCAUCGCUAUUGGGACUGGCACAGAUGUUGCCAUUGAAGCAGCUGACGUGGUCCUGAUCAGAAAUGACUUAUUGGACGUGGUGGCCAGCAUUCAUCUCUCCAAGAGGACCGUCCGGAGGAUCCGGGUCAAUCUGGUGCUGGCAUUGAUUUAUAACAUGGUUGGGAUACCUAUUGCUGCAGGUGUCUUCAUGCCCGUUGGCAUCGUGCUCCAGCCGUGGAUGGGCUCAGCGGCCAUGGCUGCCUCCUCUGUAUCUGUGGUACUCUCGUCUCUUCAGCUCAAGUGCUAUAGAAAGCCUGACCUAGAGAGAUAUGAGGCCCAGGCCCAUGGCCGCAUGAAGCCCCUGAGUGCCUCCCAAGUCAGCGUGCACAUUGGCAUGGAUGAUCGGCGGAGGGAUUCUCCCAGGGCCACAGCGUGGGACCAGGUCAGCUAUGUGAGCCAAGUGUCUCUGUCCUCCCUGACGUCAGACAGAUUGUCUCGGCAUGGUGGUCCAGCAGAGGACGGCGGUGACAAAUGGUCCCUGCUCCUGAGUGACAGGGAUGAAGAGCAGUGCAUCUGAGUGUUCCUAGGGGCAGCCCUGGGCCGGUGGUCUAGCCAGCAGGUGCAGCCUCAACAGGCUGCAGUGGGGUGGGCGAAGCUUACUGUGAGACCCAAGCAAGACCCGAGCAUCCUGUUAGCCUUACCAGCAAGUGUGUGGUGUAUCUGCAGAGGUUGGGUGGAAUUGCUCUGUCAGAAGCUGCUAGGUGGGGCAAAAUACACUGUUCUCACUGCUUUCCAUGAGGGCAAGGUCACACCCUGCUUGGAGUUUAGUACAGGAGAGGAAGCCAGCACUCGCCACAGAGCCCUGCCUAGUAGAUUUGUAUAUACUGUCUGUGAAGUGAGGAACAGGCUCAUCAGGACCACAAUCCUAGCUUGGCCCCCCUGGAAAGCUCUACCCAGAGCUUCCCUGUUCCAAGAACUCCCAUAAAGGCUGGAGUUAGCCAGCACACAUGGCUGUGUCAGUCUAAGGCUACUUCAGACGAGCCUGUUGUUCUCUGCCUGGCGUAGUAGUCCUUGGGACUGGCACUGCCUGCCUUCUAUCUUCUGAGGGUAGAAUUUGUGUCUUGGGUCCGAUGCUCUGGCUCCUGCAUAUCUGCCUGCCUAAAGGUAGUGCCCUGGUUUGCAGCCCAUCCCAAGAGCUAUCUGACAUCCCUCUACUCUGAGGAGAGAAUGCCAUUCUGCUUAGAGCCACAUCUACAGACUCACAACAUGCUGCUCUCAACCAGCUGGAGAGAUACCUCAGAACCUGACCGUAGUUCAUUUUCUUAUGGGGUCCAGGUCCUUGCCUCUCAGGGCACCUUAUAUGGCCCUGCUGUAGCCUGUGGUGUGUAAAGCACUGUCUCUUGGGAGGUGUGUGCAUACGGGGACCCCCUGUCACUUAGUGGGGUCCAUUGGAGUUUGUCACAAAUGCCUAGCGUGUGUGCCUGGAGAGAGUUGUCCCACCAGAAAAGAGUGAAGUUCUCAACAGAGAGCUGUCUGCUGCUGAGGGGACAUCUGAAUGAGGGACAUCCACAGCCCCCAGUGAGAAUGCUUUUGUCAUCUAUGACUGUCUGUAAUCAGAGGACAGGGAUGGGGCCAGCUUAACUGAGCGAGUGGCUGAGCCACCCCGGACAGACUGGCACAUUAAACAACAACAAAACUCCU